AUGCCAGAGGGACCAGAACUUUACAAAAACGCUCAGAUGGUGAAUCGAGUUUGUAAGGGACUUGUAUUUAGCGGGAAGAUCAUGAAAUCGGCUGUCAGCACAAAGAACCCAGACGUUUCAUUUGCCGCUCGUGAAUACUCCAUCCAUGCAGAAUCCAGAGGGAAAGAAAUGGCGCUUGUUUUAACUUCUCUCGCCUCAGAAUGCAAGUCAAAGGUGAUCAAGCAGGAGAAUGGCCGGGGAAAGGAAAGGAUGAGAAUUCUUUUCAGGUUUGGAAUGUCGGGCAAGUUCACGUUUGGUCCUGUGAAAGAUGUUCAUAAACACGCACACUUGAACUUUUACACGAAAGACAAGCCGUUAAUGGUAUUGAGUUUUGUGGAUGUUAGAAGGUUGGUUUUUGCUUCACUUAGUACCAAUACUGCUGAAGCAGAUUCAGAAUAGCUUGGCUAUGUCUAGUUAGAAAAAUUACUCUCUAACCCUCAAUAUCCCUAUACAAUUUUUAAUUCUCCAGACUGAUCUCCCUACAGUUCCUCAAAAAUUGCUUGAGAAUUUGAUGAAAGAUCAAAGCAUUUUCCCUGUGCUAAUUAUUUUAAUGCUGCGAGCAUUGGCUGGCAGCAAGACUAUUUGUGAUUGUCCAUAUUGGGCCUGGGCACUUCCAACAGGAUUAUUUGCAGAUGGGGCGAGGUUUGCACAAUUUUUCUUAUCCAUGUGGGGCAUGGGCAUUUUUUCUCUCAAUCUCUUCAGAGCCAUUUUUUCCUGAUGACAGGUUGAUUACUCUGUGGACUUAAAGGGUUAAUAUGGUACACUGUAUGGCCAGAAAGUGGAGUUUCCCCUGUAGAAAAUGACUGGUAUGGUUGUCAUAUCUUCUGGGGCUAAUUAUUGUGGACUGGUACAACUUCGGGUGUUGUGGUAAAAAAAUGACCACUAUUAGAACAGAAAAUGAUGAAAAGUAUUUGUGCCAUAACUAAAUUUCUGGUACCCAUUGAGCAGGGCUUCUGAUAUUUCAAGCAGUUGCAGAGCUGUGAAAUUCAGGUAAAUCUGCGAAAUCUCAUGAAAUUCACAAAAACAUGCAAAAUACUGCAAAGUUUGCUAGAAAUCUAUCAACUACAUAUUGAAAGUGAAUUUACCUUCCUCAAUAUAUUAUAACAAAUACAUUAAUAUUUAGUACUUGCAGAGUGUGAAAAUGUACCUUAAAAUAUUAGAUAGUACUCAAUAUCUGAAAUUAAUUUACUUUGAUAUAAACUUUGAUGUUAUUUAUAUUGUUUUUUUUUUUUUCAGGUUUGGCCGAUGGGAGCUGACAGAUGAGUGGUCUAAAAAUCGAGGCCCUGAUCCAAUGUUUGAGUACAAGGAAUUUAGAUCAAAUAUUCUUGACAGCCUAGAAGAUAAAAUUUUUGACAAGCCUCUGUGUGAAGUCAUGCACAAUCAAAAAUACUUCAAUGGAAUUGGAAACUAUCUCAGAGCUGAAAUAAUAUUUAGGUCUGUUAGGAAAAAGAAUAAUAUUUUUUUUUUGUAGUGAUAAAUACAUGUACAUGUAAGAGGGCCAAAGGAUCGGUGGAUUUUGAAAAUAUUUUUGACUAGUCUUUGGAUUCAAAGCGAGAUUUUAUCAGAUUUCCUGAUCCUGCAAUUACAGCAGAGUGCAGAUUUAUCCAUCUUUUUGGCCCAGAUUUUCGGACUUUGCGUGUAAAAAAAUAUUUUUGCCCAGAUUUUGGACAAAGGGCGAAAUUUUAAUGGUGCAUUUAGUUAAUAAAUCAUGACGGGUUGGCGGAUUUACAUACCCCUAGUCACUCCCCUCAUGUAACAAUAUGAUUUUCAUUAUAGAAGAAUGAAGAAAAAAAAAAUGAAAAAUGCUAAAAAAGAUCAUUGCAGUAAAGGACGCAACUUGUGCAGUUGCGAAAAGAAAGCCUGAAAAAAUUCAGGCUUGCCAGGAUUCGAAUGCUGACUUCUGCAAUACCUGGCAGCACUCUAACCAAUUGAGCUAGGAAGCCAACUGGGAGCUGGUCAUUAAAUUGGUGCUGUUAAGCAAGUGUACAAGUUUUUGAUUGUAAGAUCUAAUGUGGUUCUGAAAUACAUGCUUUUGAUUUGUUUGUGCAUCAGAUCUGGCAUUCCUCCUUUUUCUUGUGCGAGGUCUGCACUUGAAAAGCUGAGAAUAAAGAAGGAGAAUGAUGUUUCUGAGGUAAAUAUUUCACGAAAGAUGUGUUUGAUUUGUUAUGCAGCAAGUUGCAGGUAUAUGCAGGGUUUGUACAGAGUCUUGAAUUCUUGAGGAAGUGCUGAAAUUUGCCCAGCAAUUUUCCAGACCUGAAAAAAGUCUGGAAAAUGGAGAUAAAGUAUGGAAAAAUAGUAAAAAGUCUUGAGUUUUUUUUCUUGUAUUCAAAGCUACAACAAGUGCUAAUUAGAAGUGAAAUAUUAUCUGUUUUGGUGAAAUCUUAUUCAAUAUUGCCUGUGCGUUCAUAGCGCACCGUACAAAAAGCCUUGUUCCUACAUUUUUUAUGUCUCUAUUGAUCACCUAAAGUAUCUGAUAAUCUUGAGUCUGGAAAAAGAAAUUAUUGUUGUGGAGAAAAGUGUGGAAAAUUAUAAGUCUUGAAUUUUGGAUCCAAAAAUCUGGACGGAUCCUGUACAUAUUUUACAGGUCAAAUUUUAUUUCAGGUUUAUUUUGAUUAAACCUAGGUUGAUUCUCAAUUUCCAAUGUCUCCUUGCCCUAGAAGACCAAGGAAAUUAAAAAUCAACCUAGGUUGAAAAAUUUUAACCGUAACUCAAAUUUGACCUGUAACAUAUACAUUGGAGGCAGCUUUAAUGAAACCCAGAUCAGAUCAACCUUUGUUACUGUAUUCGUAAUCUUUGUCAUUAGUGACAUACAGAGGUUGUUUCAAUCCAGUUUUGCUGAUGGCUGAGUGGAGGUGCUAUGUUGGGGGCAGUUAUAAUUAUUGUUAUUACAGUUUGUCUUUUAAAACUAGUGAUUGUACUUACAUAUGUUGAGAUAAUUAUGUUCAGUAAGGGAAGAGUUUCUGAUAUCGGAUCUUCAUUGACCAAUCACGCUAAAAAACAGAGUUUAACUCCAUCAACUGAUGUGCGCAAUUAUCCUAAACUCUGAUGAUCUGGACCUGGUUUCUCAAAAGAUGGUUAAGUUUAACCCAAGAUUAAGCCAAUUUUUAAGCAUGGUUUUCUUGUCUAAGAACAUGUAACUCGAGCUAACAAAAUUCUGUUGGGCUUUUACUCUGAGAUAUAGUUAUGAUAACACAAAAUUUAAUGUUACUCUAGGCAAUGCAUAGGAAGGUAUGGGGAACAAAAUUUUAAUCCUGGGUUAGCACUAAUCGGCCUUAGAGGAACCGGGCCCUGUACUGCAUAGGUUGUUGAAACGUCGCCAAUCAAUCACUUCCAACAACAGUCCUACAGCUAUACUUACAGUUGUAGUAAAUUAUGUGCACAUGAAAUGUUACAUUCAACUCUUCUCCUGUUUUUUUUUUUCCUUCCCUUCUAGAUCCACAAUCACAAGAAAGUCAAACUUGAAAACUGUCUGGACAUCUUAGAUCUAUGUAAUCUGGUACCCAAAGAAGUUAUUAAUCUGCGUAAGCAUUUAAUUGAUCUUCUUAUUAAUAAGCAGCUAAAUAAAACCUAAAAAUUCUGCCUUAUGAUCAAUUCUCUCCUGUAAGAAUGACAGUAAAAUUUCACUACUCAAGGACUAGAGAAAUCACAGUAUUGAGCAAAACAACUUUUUCAUUGAGAACAGUUGAUUGCAACUUGAUAUUAUGCUUUGCUGUGAUCAGUAGAAAACCUUUGCAGUGUGGUAGCAUUUGGUUAAAUACCCUUUCACACCUCAUAGUGGCUGAAGAAAAAAAUUCCAUGAAAAAAGUCCUAAACAAAUUAAGCUAGCACUUUGCAAAAGUUCUGCAAAAUAGGUUUCAUUUGAAUGGUAACACCACAGAAUUCAUCCACAGAUUCAGAAGUCAGAAGGUCCACCUUGUACAGCUUAGUAAACAGUACCACUGGAAAGUAUUGCUUCGAAGCUUUCAUUUAAAUGGUCGAACUUAUGGAUUUCAUCCACAGAUGCAGAAUAAUAAUAAUAAUCCAUUUAUAUAGCGCCUUUUCUACAAGAUUCAAAGGCGCAGAAGUAAGAAUUAUGACAAAUAAUCCCGCCGUAAUGAUGUUUUGGAGGGAAAGGCUCAAUGGCCUUACAAUUAAUAUUUUUCCAUAUUCCUUACACUGUAAAAAAAUAUAAAACUUGAAAAUAAUAUUCUUUCCUGUUAGAAUUCAAUAGUUCACUGAAUUUCUCAACUUUCAGCUGGCAAAGGUUAUGACCCGUCAGGAAAUCAUUCAGAUUACUCUGGCUUCACCAAAUGGCUUCAGUGCUACUACAAUUCUGAGAUGAGAAACCUGGUUGAUCAUGAUGGGAGGACCAUGUGGUUCAAGGUCAUUGUUGUUUUGUUCGCUUUUCCAUAAAUCAAACUUAUGCUGGCUUUUACCGUGUGGCACAAAAUUUUUGUGGGAGUUUAUUUUUGCAGAUUGGCGAUUUUAUGUGUUUUGUGGAAACUAAUUUUUACGAUUAGGACAGAUUGGUUUUUCUUGCUGGAAAUUAAUUUUUGCGAUUUUCAGGAAGUCCCGGACAAAUCAAUGAUAAUAUUUUUGUUUUUACUGAGGACGUGCAAUGAAAUAAUAAAUAAUUACAUAUCAUUUUUUUCAAACAAUACUACAGCGUGCUUACCCUAUGUAAAACCAGUGACAGAGUUAUGCGUGUCAUUUUGAGACAAGUUGUAGUUGAACAGACACAAUUUCUUAGUAAGUAUUUUUUGUAGCGAGUUUAAGUUAGAGAAUAUUUACUCUGGAGUAAAUUUUUGCGGGAAAAAUGUUAAUUUUUGCAGGAACUUAUUUUUACAGAUCAUUGAAAGAAAUCGCAAAAUUAGAACCCGCAAAAAUUUCGUACCACACAGUAUUCGAUGUGCCAUUUAAGCUUACCUGAGUAAUUCGAUUUGUUUUCCAUUGCUCUAGUCUAGAAUUUUUUCCAAAGAGGGGAUAAGUGCAAAAUGAGUGACAGUAAUUUUAUGAGAAUUCCCUUGUUCGUAAAUAAUAAUAAAUUAUUAUUAGUAUAUAAAUAUUUAAUUGUUAUAUUCAUGCACAAAAUAAUGUUUGGCACUUAGCCUCAAUUAAUAUUGAAUUAAAUUUUAAGUCACUUGUACAUGUUUGCGCUGAAACAUGUCUUUGUUUACAACAAACAGCAAACAAUAAUAAAUUUCAUCUACGUAAUAACUCUCUGUCCAAAAUUUGUUUUGAAAACCAAUGAUCUUCCUCUCUUCUUUUUGACAGGGUGAAGCUGGACCAAUGGUACCCAAAGGUGAGGGCAAAGUUAUCUAAUGUGAACAUCCUUAAGAUUCAAUGUAAUUUGAAUCAUGUCAUGUCUUGUCAUAGAUGAUCAUAUGAAAGGGGCGGGGAUGCUUGUCGGAAAUUUUGAAUUCCACUUCAUUCAUCUGGGAGUCCUCCACAUCCCCAGGAGGAAUACGGGAUGAUCUCAACACUGGAACAUUUCAAAGGAGCUGGACUAGAAUGUCUGAGCAUUAGAACAACAUUUUUAAUAAAAACAGGUUUUUAGCCUAUCUUCAAGGCCAUUACAAGAAUUAAAUUUAUUGAUUAUGUCUAGAGGCAAAAUCAAGAGGGAUGCAGAAAUCUAGGAAGAGGAAGACAAAAGAAGAAAAUAAAGAACAAGACAAUGAUACAAACAUCAAAGUGGUAGGUAUUAUACAUGUAGUUUUAUUAAUAUUUGUAACAAUGUCAGAGAAGAUUACGACUUGUGCAGAGGUACCACUCAUUCUAACUGCUAAUCCUUCAGCUACCAGGCACAAUUUUCAUUAAAGAAGUGUAAUUCAUCCUUGAUUAAUCACAUCCAAUCAAAAUAGUGACAUAGUUACGUCCUUUAUUUUUAAAGUUGCAGCUUUGUCAAUGAAUGAUCUGUUGUUCAAGACUAUAGUUUAGAGUUGCUUGCACUUUAUAAUUAUGUAAACUGUCUUACAGGCAAAAGUGUUCUUUUGUUACAGGAGCUGUCUUCCCCUAAGAAGCCGAAAACAAAAGCACCACCAGUAAAAACAAAGAAAAAAGGUUUGUCAUAUAACAGUCUUCUUGGAUCAUGUGUCAAAAGGUCUAAGUCAGGGUAUUUUAUACAAUUUCAGCACUUAUAUCAAACAAAUCACAGAAUACCUGCAAACUAUAGAAAAACUCAAGGUAAAAUUGACAUGAAAAAGCCUGUGAGCUGGCUCUCUUGUGGAGUGCAGGACAGAGAAAGCCAGAAGGCAGGCAGGGAGUCUCUUCACUCACUAAAGAGGAAAAAGCCAAAAAGCAUGGAUGGACAAAACUCACGAAGAUUUAAAUGAGCUACAUGAAGGAAAACUUGAAAACAGCAGCCCCAGCUCGUAUGAAAUUAUGGCUGACAGUGCUUGGAAAUCUUUGAUAGAGAGGUUUAGAAUCAAGUUUACAGUGAAAAUCACAUUCAAAUUGAUGAUUACUCAAAUUAAAAAAUGAGCAGACAAAAAUUUUCUAAAAUGAUUCAACUUGUGGAAACAAAUGGCAAAACUACUUAUUCAAAAUUUGUUGUUCCCUGAAAUAACUAUAAUAGCGGUACCUCUUAGGUUUAAUAUUAUUGUUUGCUAUUUUCCUUUUUAGCAGAGAAUAGCAAGAAAAAGGUUGUUAAAAAACAGUGCAAAACUAAAACAUCAGUGUCAAAGGUGAUUGUAACAGUUUUUUAACUGAUAAUCAGAUUAUGAUAGUUUUAUAAUUUAUUAUAGUUUGCAGUAGGCAAAAUAUAUUUACCCACUGGAAGUUCGGAUUUGUUUUUGAUCCUUGGCUGCAUGACCUCCAACUUCUUGUACUUGAGCUUUUCCGCUUUAUCUCCUAGUUCUUUAUUGCGAACUGAUACCGUCAUCUUUUCUACGUAAAAUAAGCCCCCCCCCCCCCUCGCAAAUAAGCCCUCUGUCUCUAUUAAGGCCCCCCUCGAAUGGGUUUAAAGUAAAUAAGACCCCCGGGGAAUUAAUGAAUAAUUUAAUUAAUGGGGAACUUACAGAAUUAGGAGGUCCUGCCGGGGGGUCCUAUGUCACCCGUCUGAAUUUUAAAAUGUCUCGUGUCGGUGCUUGUCGCUCUUAUUGUCAGCUUUGCCGUCACUAUCGCAAUUUGGCCGAGGGAGGUUGUCUCUUGUCACGAUUUCAUUUCUGGUACUGUCGCUACUUUUUGGGCCAUGUCGCUUGUCAGAAUUUACCCUGGCAGGGCCUCUAUGAGGAUUUGACUGGGGAAAUUUUGGUGCUUUGGAUAGGUGGUUGGUUAUGGGAGGUGGUCGCUCAAGAGAGGUGGUCACGCAUAGAAGUUUGACUUAUAAGCUCUUUGGGAGACUGCCAGCCCACCUCUUUCCUUAAACCAAUGUUUAUACUCACUUUUCUCUCGCAGAGCAAAAUGUUGGGUUAGGGGAGGGGUAGGCGGGCAGGUUUUCAGUCUCUGAUAUUAUACCAUAAUUUAUGUAGGCUUUUUUUCCCC